AAAGGGUAAAAACAGGAUGAGAGAGAAUUAUGAUAGCUAUAUAAUAUCAUAUUCUUAAGUACUAACUAAAGAGAAUUCAAAUACAAAGGAGGAUCAGAGGUAGAAGCAAAGACCCUUUGUGAAAUUAAUAGAGAGUUUGGUUGAGGAAUUAUAGUUUUAUUAUGAUACUAUGAGGGAUGAUAACGAAAACUAGAAAAGGAGAAAUUAUGGCGUAUUGGAAAGUAAUUCAAUCAGGCAGAACUGUCACAGGAAACUUUAGAAGUAGGCUUUGAUCCAAAAUGGCAGUGAAAGGAACAAGAUAUGGAUAAGAGAGUAAAGGCAUCAUACUUGUGAAAAUGGACAACCCUGAGAAUAUAGUUAGCUUGGGUUGUUGCACAUGUGGAAGAAUAUCAAGAUAAACACAAUAAAAGAGAUGAGACCAUUGUUACAUAGGAAUAAAAAAUAUGAGA